AACAGAAACUGGUAAUGUGAUGUAUUUGCUGCGUUACUGCUGAAUCGGUGCAGUUAAACGUUACUGGAUUUUAUUGCGCAAUCAGAUUGGACAGGAGCAUGGCAGACAUGAGUGACUCCAUUCAGCACAGUGAUCUGACUGGAGAGUUUACACUUCUGUGCCUUUGAUCAUUAUUUCCCUAGUCUUAUGUACAGUGAUAUUUUAUUUACUCACUCUUCUCAAAUCAAAUGUCAAUUUGUCUUGCACUGUAGCUUAAUACACUGUAAAAAUGCUGUACAUUAUUUAUCUAACACUAUUUGCUUAUGUUAGACGGUUUUUACUGUAAACUAUUAGACAAAUGGAGCCGUGUAUCGGUUUACAGUAAAAUACAAGAAAAUGCAACACAUAGUGGGAUAUCUAACAUUUUUUUUUUUGACAAAACACGUAAAAACAAAACUGGAUAAGUUUUGUGUCCUUUAUUUUAGUGACUAUUUUAGGCAAAUACAACCCUUGUUUGAGAGUUUUAACUUUACAGUAAACGCUUUGGUUUAGUAAAGCGCUGAAAUUCAUCUUACUGUGCGAGGAAUUUCAGUGGUGGUGGUAGUUGAACCAGUGCAAGCUACAGUAGAGGAGCGAAUUGUGGUGGCUCAGUGCCGACAGUAAAUUUUACAGUGUAAAUGUUUUACAGUGUAUGCGCAAGUCAUUUUAUUCUGAUGAAAAAUAUGUGAAAGGUUUCAAAUGUGUGUACAGAUCCUUGUCCGUGUCUCGUCUGUCAGUCAUGGCUUCCUCCAGUAGUGUCCUAUCUGAAGAUGAGCUCCAGUGCUCCAUCUGUCUGGAUGUGUUCACCGAUCCAGUCUCUACUCCAUGUGGACACAACUUCUGUAAGGUCUGUCUUAGAAAAUACUGGGACACUAGUUCACACUGCCGGUGUCCAGUGUGUAAAGAGGAUUUCCACAAUAGACCUGAGCUUCGUGUGAAUACGUUCAUCUCUGGACUGGCUGCUCAGUUUAAGAAGUCAGUUCAGGUGAAACCCAGCAUCGCUGCAGAUCCGCUUCUCUCCAUGACUGAAAAGGUUCUGUGUGACUCCUGCAUUGGGGAAAAGCUGGAAGCGGUAAAGUCCUGUCUGCACUGUGGGGUUUCUCUCUGUAGCGCUCACCUGCUGUUUCAUAAAACUACAGCAAAAUUCAAAAGGCACAAACUGAUCGACCCUGUGGAGAACCUGGAGGACUACAUCUGUCAGAAACAUGAGAGACCCCUGGAGCUGUUCUGUAGAGAUGACCAGACGUGUGUGUGUCAGUUCUGCACGGAGGGAGAACACAAAACUCACAACAUUGUUCCUAUAGAGGAGGAGAGUGUCGUGAAGAAAUGUCAGCUGGGGGAGACACAGGCAGCAUUUCAGCAGAUGAUCCAGAACCGACUAAAGAAGAUAAAAGAAGUCAAAGAAUCUGAAAAACUCAAUAAGAUGAACACAGAGAAGGAGAAAGCAGAAAGCAUGGCUGUGUUCAGCGCUCUGAUGCGCUGCAUUGAGAGAAGCCAGGCUGAGAUGCUUAAGGUGAUGGACGAGGAGCAGAAAGCAGCAGAGAGGCAGGCUGAAGAGUUCAUUAAACAUCUGCAGUGUGAAGUCACUGAGCUAAAGCGGAGAAACACCGAGCUGGAGCAGAUCUCACGCACUGAGGAUCACCUCCACCUCCUACAGAUUUACCCGACACUGUGCAGCCCUCCACACACCCAGGACUGGACUGACGUCACAAUUAACUCUCAUCUGAGUCUGGAGACUCUGAGGACUCAGCUUCAGGAGUCUCUCAAUGAAGAAAUGGAGAAGUUCCCUGAGAUUAAACUAAAGAGCAUUCAACGCUAUGCAGUGGCGGUGACUCUGGAUCCUAAUACAGCGAAUUUUUACCUCGUGUUGUCUGACGAUGGGAAACAAGUUAGAUGUGGACAAAACCGACACAGACUACGUGAUAAUGCAGAGAGGUUUAAUUACUGCGCCUGUGUGCUGGGAAAGGAGAGAUUCCCCUCAGGGAAAUUUUACUAUGAGGUAGAGGUCAGAGGGAAGACGGAGUGGGAUUUAGGUGUGGCCAGGAAGUCUGUUAACAGGAAAGGAACAAUUACACUCACACCUGAGAAUGGGUACUGGAGUGUACUGCUGAGAAAUGGGACAGAAUAUAAGGCUGGUGAACGUCCCCUUAUUCCCCUCUCCUUGAAACAGGCUCCCCAGAAGGUAGGGGUGUUUGUUGAUUAUGAGGAGGGUCUGGUCUCCUUCUACGAUGUUGACGCCAAGUCUCACAUCUACUCUUUCACGGAUCAGUGUUUUUUUGAGGAUCUCUAUCCAUACUUCAGCCCUGGCCACAGUUAUGUAGGUGAAAACUCAGCACCAUUGGUCAUUAUGCCUGCUAAACAUUUUAAGCGAUAUAUAAAACUGAAGUUGAUGUUAAAAACACAAACUGAUUUAUUCUGUGAUUCAGAGCACUACUCUGUCAGAAACAUGGGAGCUCCCUGGAGCUGUUCUGUAGAGACAAAUGAACCUGGAUUUGUCAGUCCUGCACACAGACUGACAAUUCCUACAAAGCAAGAACGUCAAGUUAAAAAGACUCACCUCGAGAAGAUACCAGAAGAGGUUAAGGUUAUCCAGAACACGCAGAAGGACACAGGAAAAGUACGUAACAUCCCCGAACUCAAAAAAGAUUGGACCAAUAAACAUACUGUGGAGAUGCUGAGGAGAGCUCUGUCUCAGCUUCUGGAAUCUCUCAACAAGGAAAUGGACAAGUAUGCUGACUCUGAUCUGAAGAGAAAUCAACAAUAUGCAGUGGAUGUGACUCUGGAUCCGGAUACAGCUCAUCCUGAACUCAUCCUAUCUCAUGAUGGAAAGCAAGUGAGACAUGGAGACUUGCAACUGGAUCUCCCUGAUAACCCAGAGAGGUUUAAUCUUUGUGUCUGUGUGUUGGGAAAGGAGGGAUUCUCCUCAGGGAGAUUUUACUAUGAGGUGCAGGUCAGAGGGACGACUAAGUGGGAUUUAGGAGUGGCCCGAGAGUCUGUUAAGAGGAAAGGAAAAAUAAUAACCAGCCCUACGAAUGGAUACUGGACAAUGUGGCUGAGACACAAGACUGAAUACGAGGCUUGUGACUCUCCUCCUGUUCCCCUCUCCUUGAAAGUGGCUCCUCAGAAGGUGGGGGUGUUUGUGGAUUAUGAAGAGGGUCUGAUCUCCUUCUAUGAUGUUGAUGCAAAGUCUCUUAUCUACUCUUUCACUGGUCAGACGUUCACUGAGAAACUUUAUCCAUUCUUCAGUCCUUCACGCAAUUACGGUGGUAAAAACUCAGCACCGCUGAUCAUCAUGCCUGUUAAACAAUCUACAUGAGAUCUGUUUCCCCCAGCAUUGCACCAAGCAAUACAUUCUUGCAUUAAGGAACUGUUACUGAGAUUCAGGACAUGCUAUUUAAUUCUAUGUAUUUAUUUCAUCAAAUUGUGAUGCAAACAUAAAAAAUAUUUUGUUGUCAGUUUAAUGCUUAUCUGUAGUGUCUUCUCUUUCAUACAGCGUAGCUGAUAAUGAGCUAAUGUAAUGUUUCACAUUUUCAUUUAGGGGACAGCAAAUUUACACUGUUACACAAGCUGUACACUCACUACUUUACAUUGUAGCAAAGUGUCAUUUCUUCAGUGUCGUCACAUGAAAAGAUAUAAUCAAAUAUUUACAACAAUGUGAGGGGUGUACUCACUUUUGUGAGAUACUAUAUAUAUGUAUAUAUAGCAUUCUAGACCCUAUUAUGAUGUGCUUAUUUUCCUGCUGUAGACAUCAGACCCAGGUGAGUGUGAG